AUCGAUUAUUCCUGCCGCUAACGAAAUUUUUCAUUGCGAAUUCUUCAUCUUUCUUCGUGGUUGCAUUGAAGAGGUUUGUUAUAGGUCGAAGCGCAGUCCAAAAUUAUUCGCUUAUUGAAGUUUCUCUGUGGAGUUUCAAAGUCUUUAUUGUGAAGAUAUAAACAUUUGAGAGAAAAGUUCUUGAAGCGUCAUUAUGGAAUUUAAACGCGAAAAACUGCCACUUGUUAUCGACAGAAACAAGGCUAAUGAAUGGUUGGCUACGUUGAUCCAGGAAUUAAGGAAAAACGAGAAGGAUAAAGUGGACCUGAUGUUUAAAUUAUAUCCGCCAGCUGUUGAUGAAAAUUCAGCCAAAAAUAAUAAUCGUUAUCCUGUUGUUGAGAAAAGCGAGAUACAUCUUCAUCCUCCUGUUGAAGCAUUGAUGAAUGCAAUCUUACGAGACCCAGAGAUCAAUAUGUUUUUUCACCAAAUAUUCUGGCAACAACAAGAACUGUCAGAUAACAAAGAAAAUCCCAUUUGGUGUUGGCAAAUCAUGAUCCUUCUCUUCGACAUGAUUAUGACUAGAGCUCCUGAAUUCAAUCGAGAUGAGAUUUAUAUCUCACCAAUUUACGUGGCAUUGAGUUUGGCAAUGGCUACAAAAGCUGGUUUUUCUGCGUUUUGUAGCGACAAGGUAAACAAAUUACUGAAAGACAUUUUGAAUUACUGGGGCGAGUUCCUUUGCAGUUCAGCAUCUACCUACGUCUUAAACGAUGAUGAACAUUCAGGUUGGUUUGGUAAAGACGCAAUGGAGGUAAUGCCAAAUUUCACAGAAGAAUAUGAAUGUGACUCAAGUAAACUUCACUACGGCUUUACAUCCUGGGAUGAUUUUUUCGCAAGAAAAUAUCGAGAAGGAAUACGGCCUGUUGAAGCACCAGAUGACAAUAGUGUUGUAGUGAAUGCCUGCGAGUCUGAACCUUUUAAAAUUGCCUAUGAAGUGAAGCAACGAGAUUUGUUCUGGAUUAAAAGUCAAUAUUAUUCUUUAGAUCACAUGUUGAACAACGAUGACCUGGCUAAGAAUUUUUAUGGUGGAACAGUGUACCAAGCCUUCUUGAGUUCAUACAGCUACCAUCGAUGGCACAGUCCUGUUUCAGGCUAUAUUGUGAAAACUGAGCUGGUGGACGGUUCAUAUUAUAGCCAAACACAAGAUCUUCCAAGCGAUGCCUUGAUUAGUGAGCACCAGGGCUAUCUCUGCCAUGUCGCUGCACGUGGUAUUAUUUAUAUAAAUGCUGAUAAUCCUGAUAUUGGUCUGAUGGUUUUCAUUUCAAUAGGAAUGAAUGAAGUCUCCAGCAACGAGAUCACCGUGAAAGUCGGAGAUCACGUUAAAAAGGGAGAUGAAAUUGGUGCUUUCCAUUUUGGUGGCUCGAGUCAUUGCCUCGUUUUCCAGCCUUGGGUGAAAAUUAUGUUUCAUCUACAUGGUGCUGCUAGUACGCCUAGUGGGUUCUCCAAUAUUCCAGUUAAGUCAAAAAUUGCCGUUGUCAGUAAGGCCAGAAUGUAAUGAAAAAUGUAAAAAAAUCAUUAUAUCCGAGCUUGCUCCAAUUUGUU